AGGGUCUACUACCCUACUCUUGCAGCCGUCGGAAUCCCCUCUAACAUUAUGUCUUUCGUGAUUUUAUGGAGACGCAAAUGCAUGCUCUCCAAAUCAAGCACCUUCUACCUGAUGGCCAUCUCCAUAGCUGACACAGCUGUCCUGGUGUUUAUUGUGGUGUUGGAGCUCUCCAUUAAAUACCUCACAGAGGAACCCUUUUGGUCUCGGGAACCAUGGUGCAGCCUGCGUGACAUCUUCAAUUAUGGUGCCUCCAACAUCUCUACAUGGCUGGUGGUGGCCUUCACUGCAGAGCGUUUCCUCUCGAUUACCACCUACAAUCUCAGGAAGAAAGUUGGCAUUCCUCAUGGUACAUUAUGGACCAUCUGCAUUAUCUUUGCACUUGGUCACUUGCUAGCAUUGCCCUAUUACUGGGCAUACGUAUCCAUGUACAGCCCAGAUCUCCAACGCUGGGUCUGCAUAUAUAAACCCAAUGCCACCACUCAGUACACACUCAGCAUAGUGAGCAUGCAGACAAUAAUCUCCUACAUUUUACCCUUUGUCAUUAUUGGCGUCCUAAAUGGCCUGACUCUGCGCCAGAUCUCUCUCAUUAACCGAGUCCACAUAAUAUGUACAUCAGGGCAAAAGGUGACACCGCUGCUACGUUCAAGAAAAAGGAAGUCUGUGGUGCUUUUGGUGACCGUCUCCAUGACUUUCGUGUUGCUGAGCAUCACACGCUCCAUCACUCAGAUCAUCCUGCGCACUAAGGGCUGGCAAUUGAAUCGUGAUGAUUACAGUCUGAGCAUAAAUGUUGCAGCAGAUAUCGGGACCAUGAUCAGCCUUAGCAAUGCCGCCAUUAACAUGUACUUAUAUGCAUGCACGCAAACCAAAUUCAGACAGGAAGUUAUAACCUGUGUCAAAUAUUUUCUGUGGAGAUGCUGCUUGGUCACAAAAGUUAAACCAGGACACACAUGAGUCACUGAUUG